CAACACUAUCGACCCUACUACGCCAGUGUAUGGACGAUUAACAUUGGAGCCUUGGAGACUUUAAGCCUAUAUCACAAUUCAUCAGAUUUUUCAUAGAUUUCUGUCUUUUCCUCCAUAUCAACUUACCAAUGCGCAAUACUCAAGACCCAAAACGACCGUCAAAGAGAUCCCGAGUUGGCGAUGCGGCUUUAGGAAAGACAAUGCAGAUUGACGAUACACGAGUCAAGCGACGUCGCACAUCACAAAGCAAGAACGAUAUCAAUCAGGCGCACACGCCGGCCACCAAUAACUCAAAGGAAAAGCAUGGGGUCGAAGAGCAGUAUACAUUAGCCCGCUCUGUGUCUACUGUACAGAAAAGCGAACCGCAAUAUGAAACUUGGUCGUCUACCAGCAUGGUAGCUGGUCAGUACAGCAACCUAGAUCCAAUUUUUACGAGUGAUGACGAGUAUCUCCUCCUUGGUCUCGAGACUGCAGUCCAUGUCUAUUCUCUUGCGACCUCGCGCCUUCUUCGAACACUUCCAUCGACAGCUGGAGAUAGCAUAAUUGGAUAUAAACUCUCUCCGGCAAACCCAAACUUCCUCUAUGUGUUUACGUUGAGCGGUUCUGUGACCAAGUGGGAGUGGCUCUCUGGCGAACAAUGCUCGUCUUGGGAAGUAGGUCACAAGACGAUUUCUGUCGACGUGUGCCUUAGUGAUUCUGGGAACGAUCUAUUGCUUUUCAUUUUGGAACGCAAGGAUGGAAAACGUGUGAUCGCGCUCAAUGCCUCCCCUAACGACGCUUCACAAUACAUGAUUAUACUCGAAACCCAUGUUCAGAUCACUAACCUCAAGGUUGCAUGCCAAGGCCAGUUUAUUGUAGCAUACAGCGACCGGCAUGUGUUCUUCGGCUGGACAGGGCUUGUUCAGCCUUCCGAUUCUGUUCGUUAUAUCUGGAAAGAGGUCAACUUGCCCGUCAGCGUCAUGUGCAUUGAUGUUCGGCAAUACACAGCGUCGAAUCGCCCUGGAGCGCAGGGUUCAAAAGAUCGGGAUCAUGCGGAAAAGGUCGAUCUAGUCUUAGGUGAACGAAAUGGUUCUAUUCUCAUAUACUAUGACAUCCUGCGUUUUGUCAAGGAUGAGGGAGGUCGUCAACAUGAAAGAAACCUCACUCCUCGGCGCCUUCAUUGGCAUAGGAGUUCUGUGAACAGCGUGCGUUGGUCUAAGGAUGGAAACUACAUCAUAACAGGUGGCCAUGAAUCGGUCAUGGUGCUCUGGCAGCUGGACACCGGUAGAAAACAAUUUUUGCCUCAUCUUUCGUCUCCGAUCGGCAACAUAGUUAUAUCUACAAGCGGGAAUCUAUAUGCCGUCAAAUUAGCGGACAACUCGAUUAUUGUCCUGUCAGCGAGAGAAUUACAACCUUUCUCUACCAUAACAGGGUUGCAGCUGUGUCCCAAAACUGCAAAGGCUCAUGGCAAGAUUUCACCUGAAGACCAGCCCCUGUUCGAGUGUGUUCCUGCUGCAAUGCAUCCACAGAACCUCGAUCACCUUAUUAUAGCUGUCCCCGCCUCUCGUCAGAUGACUCAAGAAAGUCACCCCCUGGUCAAUGCCUCCAUGCUUCAAACCUACGAUAUCCGUACCAACAGCCAUAUAUCCCGUCAAGCUCUUGCACGCACCAACGCGACUACGUUGAAGAUUGGCCCUGAUGGCUCUCACAUAGUUACUCCGGACGUUACCCACAUCAGUGUUUCCAACGAUGGUAAAUGGAUGGCCACCGUCGACAGUUGGAGCCCCUACAUACGAGACAUGCAAGCGCUGUAUCAUGGGGAUUCAGGAAUUACUCAUCCUUCGGAUGGCUUCCAGGAAACUUUCCUGAAGUUUUGGAGAUGGAAUGAUACUUCCAACCUGUGGGAAUUGGUUACCCGAAUUGACGGACCCCAUUUCUGUGACAAAGGUUCCGUGCGUGUUUUGGAUGUUGCAGUACGGGCAUACAGCGCGGAGUUUGCGACCAUCGGUUCAGAUGCAGUCUUGCGUUUUUGGUGCCCGAGUACUAGGCAGCGCAGUGGCUUAAAAUCUGACAACCCAGAAGAGCCUAUGGAAACCUGGAAAUGUCGGAGAGCUAUUGAUUUGAAAACUUACAUCGAUGUCGGCAUAGCACACUCACUAGGUGCAGCUUCCAUAGAAUUUUCUCAGGAUGGGUCUGUUCUUGCCGUCUGCCUGGGAUCCAAUGCAUGCCUCAACUCCGGACUUGCUAUAUUAAUCGAUGCGCAAAAUUGCAGCGUCCGUUACAGCAGAGUCGGUUUAUACAAGGGCAUGCCCUGCGCGGCUGCGUUUGUCGGGUGCAAUCUUGUUAUAGCAUCCCAAGAGGCAGUCUCCGUAUGGGAUACAGUUGAUGAUAUUGUCAGGGCAGUCAAAUUGCCUGGGUCCGGAAGCGUUUCGUCCAAGCAGCCUCGUUUGCUGGCUGUAAGCUCUGAGACUAAUACCUUCGCUGUGUCAGUACAGUGCCCACAGAAUCAUCAGCAUUCAAAGAAGAGCCGUAUGAUCCGAUCUUCUAUACAGGUAUACGAUGUUCCCACAUUAGCGUUGCUGUCGGAAACCACCCUUGGGCAUCAUCCAGUUGCCUUACUAUCAGCUAUGCACUCGAGUGAUUAUGUUGUUGUUGAUGUUGCGGCCAACGUCCAGCGGAUUGGCCGUCUCGAUCAGAGCUUCCAGAGCAAUGGUCAUUCGCGUGACCUUGGUUCUCACCUUAACUCGGGACUUGGAAACCUGUUCGGCCAGCAUGGUCGUGGGAAGUCUCAAGAUCCACAGCACAUUGCUACUGGCUCGGACAAUCAAAUUCAGCAGAAAGAACUGGCUAACGUCUUCGGUGAUGCGCCGCCCUUCGUUAUGCCCCCUGCCAACAUGAUCUUCCGCAAUGUGGUAGAUGCUCUUUCUAGUUAGUUUCAGUUAAUCAGAAAAUUAAUCUUGAGACAGACUAUGAUUUUACAUCGUUACGUUGCUCUAGGUAUUCAAAACUGUAAUUUCACGUCCUUGCUCAGCUCCUUAAGAGGAGUUAUGAUGGCAUACUUCAGUAUUUUGUUCGGUGCUUACUUUCACUUAUGCUGGACAAACUUCGCUGGGGUUCUGCUGGGUCUUCGCAACAGUUCAUUAUCUCCCCCAUUUCCCUCCGUUGCAUUCUGUUCUAUCGUUUGUCUAAUUAUUC